CCCCGCCCCUCCGUUUCCCUGGAGACGCUCUCCGCGUCCUCUCUUUCCUAAACUCUGCCUCUGAAACCUGGCUAAAAGCAGGGCAGCGCGAGCGCCCCGCACCUGGUACUGGUGGGGGGCUUCUUCCUCCAGACAGAAAACCAGUGUUGCUCCACAGUCAGUCCAGCGAGUCCAAAAUGACCACCCUUCCCCCACUGCCCAUGAAGCGUCCAAAGCUUAUGGCUUUAGCCAGACAGAAGUUGCCGUGCUCUGCAGGGACAAUUUCAAGGUCUCAACUGAUCAAAGAAAAAGAUGACAUAGAUCAUUACCUGGAGGUGAAUUUCAAAGGACUGUCAAAAGAGGAGGUUGCUGCUUACAGGAACUCGUACAAGAAGAACAUCUGUGUGGACAUGCUGCGAGAGGGCUAUCACAAGUCCUUCAGGGAGGUCUUCGCGCUGAUGGAGCAAUGGGAUGCCCUGAGGGAGGCUGCGAGACUGAGGUCUGUCUUCUGGCUGCAGAAGCCUCUGGAGGAGCAGCUGGAUAAACUGGAUUUCCUCUACCACUGCCUAACCAGGGCAGAGGAGGCUGAGAGGAAAGGACACCUUGGCGAUAUGUACAAUAACUUACAUAUUCUGGCCUGUUUCUUCGAUAACCCUGAAGAUAAGUGGGUAAGGAACCACUUCUAUGAACGAUGUUUUGAGGUUGCAAAACUGAUCAAAUUUGAUGGAGGGAAGAAAGAAGCUGAAGCAGAAGCACACUUGGGCCUUCUGUACGAGGAAGAAGGUCAGCUUCUGGAGGCUGCCGGGCAUUAUGAAGCAUUCUAUCAAUUGACGCAGGGCCGGAUAUGGAAGGAUGAGACAGGCCGCUUUCUCAACUUGUUGGCCUGCGAAAGUCUCCUGAGGACUUACAGAUUACUCUCAGACAAAAUGCUGGAAAAUAAAGAAUACAAACAGGCCAUCAAAAUUCUAAUAAAAGCUUCUGAAAUAGCCAAAGAAGGAAAUGACAAAAAAAUGGAAGGAGAAGCUUCCUAUUACUUGGGCUUAGCACACUUGGCUGCUGAAGAAUAUGAAACUGCAUUAGCAGUCCUCAACACUUACAGGGAAAUCUCUGAAGAUCUGGAAGACGAUCUCGGCCUGGGGAGAGCCUACAAAGCCAUAGCCAAGGUGCUGCAAAGCCAAGGAGAAAUGAUAGAAGCCAUCAAAUACCUGAAAAAAGUUGUGGAAAUUGCAAGAAACAAUUUUCAAAGCCUGGACAUUGUAAGAGCAAGUACAAUGCUUGGGGACAUCUAUAAUGAAAAAGGACAGUACAACAAAGCCUCUGAGUACUUCCAGCAAGCUUUUGACACAACAGUAGAGCUAAUGAAUGCGUCACUGAUGGAGGAAACACAAGUUCAUUAUGGAAUAGCCAAAGCCCAUCAGAUGAUGCUGGCCAUGAACAGUUACAUAGAGUCUCAAAACCUCUCCAGCCUUGACUACUUGCUGUCCUGGAAGGAGUGCAGACGUGACACUGACCUUGACCUGGCUGUUGGAGUGUCUAGAACAUCCACAGAAGAAAAUGUGUCUCAAAAUUCAGAACAGUUGGAAAAACCCAGCAGAUUGCUGGAUAAUCACAAAGAUGAAACUUAAAGCAGCUUUUGACUCAACAUAAAUGCAAGAAUAAGGUUAUCAUGCCACCAAGGAUGUCAUUCCUCUAGUGGGAGCAUGUGACAAGUAAUGUAGGAUUAUAAUAAAACUAUGACUAUGAUUUA